GACUGGGCUGUCACUGAUGUCGUAAAUUACUUCAGAACAGCAGGAUUUGAAGAACAAGCCAAUGCUUUUCAAGAACAGUGGAUGUAAGUCGAUUUUAGUGGAAGAAAUUACUAUAAAAAAGUGAAAAUAGCAAAUUAUCAGGGAACGGGUUGCUGUAACUGUGAGAGAGUUGAGGAUAGAAGGGAAUUAGAGAAGCCGGAAGAUGCAAAAUACUGAGACAGAAAAUAUGAGCCAUAAACAUUCUGAACAAUUGGCUCAAAGAGCAAGACACUAAAAUAGACUGCAACACAUUGCAAGGCUGAAUUCGAAGAGCUUUGCUAGUAUGCCUGCAUUGCUUCAGCAGAUGAAAACACAAGUCCUGACAAUGCAGCUGGUGUGUGUGGGUGACUUGAUGCAUGUAACCCUUUGCCACAUGUUACGACUUUGUAUAUUUAACAGAGAAAGCAAAACUUUCAGUGCCAGCUACCAAAAACAAUAAUAAUAUUCAUGUCUGUCAUGUAGCCAGAGGGUUAUAUUUCAAUAAUGCUAAAUUCGACUCUUCAUAACCACUGGUCACAGCACCUUAAGCAAUGAGAUUGCAGUAUGCAAAUGAACUAAAGUCCCUAGCAUGGUUAUUAGCUGACUUAUCUCUGAUGUCACAAUCCCCACUCCAACAAAGGCCUCUUCAUGGCUAUCCUGAAAGCAGACUGUUGGUUGGAAAAUAGCUAGUUUUCCAUGUCUCUCUCUAACGAAGAUACCUUAACAAAAACAUGGAGGAGCACGGAGAGACAUUUUGUAAAUCACUUUAAUAUAAACAUGUUUGCCUUUUAAAAAAUUUCUGAUAUUACUCAACCAGAUUAAACUUGAGGGACAGAGAGAGUGCCAAGAGGAAUUAGAGUUUCACUGGAUUGCCAAUGGUUGCUGAGGACAGAGACUGAAUUUUGCUGCUGAGAACAUCUUGACAUGAUGGUGAAUUAUUAUGACAUUCUAGGUCUUCAAAGAAAUGCCUCUGCAGAUGACAUUAAAAAGGCAUACCGAAAACUGGCAUUGAAGGUGCAUCCUGAUAAAAACCCAGAGAACAGAGAGGCAGCAGAGAGGAAAUUCAUACAAGUCUCUAAGGCAUAUGAGGUUUUAUCUGAUGCCAAAAAACGAGAUGUCUAUGACAUGUCUAGUGAAGGAGGUAUAAGUGGAAAAGACAGAAGAGGUAGAGGUGAAGGUGGAGGGAAAGGUAGAGAGAAAGGCAGGGGUGGGAGUCACUUUGAUACUGAAUUCCCAUUCAGUAGCCCCCACACAGAUGUGUUGAGAGGAAUGGACUCCUUUACAGUGAAACUCUGGGAUGAUCUACUUGAUGGAAUUUCUGGCAUUCGGCGAGGACUCCAUGGAAGAAGAAGCAGAAGUGGUGAAGGAUACUCUGUCUCUAUUGCUGGAGUGUCUCCUAUUUCAGGGACUGGAUUUACUUCAUUUGGUUCCCAGCGAGUUGGGGGCUGCUCUUCAUCCUCUAUCACGUCACUGAACAACAGUGGGAAAGGCAACUUCAAAUCAGUCAUAACGACCAGCAAAAUAGUUAAUGGCAUCAAAAUCACUACCAAGAGAAUUGUGAUGAAUGGAGAAGAAAGAGUAGACACCAUUAUUGACCAUUAAAAUUCUCAACAAUUGGAAAUUGACGGCAAAUCAUUGCUACUGAUGACAAGAAAUGAUGUAUUGACUGGACUUGCGUUAAAACUGGGGCCAGCUCUGAAAAUCUAUGAAUAUCACGUAAAGCCUCUACAGACACAACAUCUAAAGAA